AUGAUUGUUUCAGUUGUGGCGUUGCUGUUGUGCAUUGUACUGUCAUCAGAAGCAUCUGAUAUCCUGCAGUGCACAGGAGAGAGACAGAGUGAUGGACAGUUCUGCUUCCAUAUGUCAUAUGACUUUAAAGAUGGUGUCCGUGACUGCGAGACCCAAAGGCUCAUUGAUGAAAAAGUGGCAGAUUUCUCUGAAGCUGCUGGAAAUGCAAAGUUCAUGCCCCCACUUGCAGUGGUAAUGGCAAACACAACCAUCAUACAGACCUGCCCCAGUGCCAGUCAAGACCGCAGUUUCCUUAAAGUCUGCAGUCUGCUCAUUCAAGCUCUGCCUGUCAAUGAAAGCACAACUUUGAUCAUGCAUACCGCUCUGUUAUUUGCUGUUUUGUUCCCGUGUCUUUCUUUUAACGACGGAAAGUCGAUCGAAGGUGAAACGUGUGUUGGGAUUCGGAGAGAAGGUUCAUCCUAUGACUUUGACCUGCCCGACGGUGUGGCCGUGAACGUGCAAGACCCUGCGUGUGAUGCAGAAUGGACCAUUGAUCGAAUCUACACCGCAAUCCUGGAUAGAAAUUUAAGAUACUUUUCUCAUCCCUUCAAAAAUUUAAGUCGUUAUGGAAUCAGUGCGUCUUACUGUCCAGCUUCAGUUAGAUACCACGUCUCUUGUCCCACAUACACCAAGAACCUCAUUUGUUCUUGCACCAAUUCAACAGACAGCAAUUCCGUUUUUAGCACAAUUCUGCCAUCUAGAGACACAUCCUUAUCUGCCAUGAAAACUGGUUUAUCAAAGAGAAAAUACUACUGCACCAUUGUUGUUGCUGCCACUUUUGUCCCAGUAGUUGUCAUUUUGACGUACUUCAUCUGCAGGACAAACAGAAUGAGAGAUGGCACAUAAUUAACAAUACUUCCCUGUCUUCGGUUGGAGAAGUCCAUUACCACUAGAGGUCAAUGUCCACAAAGUUAAUUUCAUGUUGUGGCGCUUGUGUUAGACUUGUUAGCCUUUUCUGUUCGCUA